ACCUCACCCGCAGUGCAUGAGGUUGGCGGGCUGCAACUUGUGUGUGUGUUUGAUGUAUGUGAUCAAAUUCUGCUGCUCUACUGUUGAACAAAACUUCUCAGCCAAAUAACUAAGUGCCACGCGGAAUAUUUUCAGUCGGGUAAGUUAACGGUGGUAGCUCAGCCAUGCCGUCCAGCGCUGGACCCAGCAGCCCCGCCGCUGCACUCGCUGAAGCGCUGGAAAACUCUUCCCGGCUGAUUGACAGACACCUGCAGGAUGACCGCUGCUUUCCUGACCUGUCGGAGCUGCUCAGCGUCCCCUCUCACAAUAUGCCGUCCCUCUCUGGCGUGUCAGACAUGGACUACCCCCUCCAGGGACCGGGUUUACUCAGCGUGCCAAAUCUCCCAGAGCUCAGUGCAGUCCGCCGAGUCCCUCUGCCGCCUGAGCUAGUGGAGCAGUUCAGCCAUAUGCAAUGUAACUGUAUGAUGGGAGUUUUUCCAGAGAUCUGUCGAGCAUGGCUUACUAUUGACAAUGACAUUUUCAUGUGGAGUUAUGAAGAUGGAGGAGAUGUGGCUUAUUUUGAUGGCCUUAUUGAAACCAUUCUAGCAGUGGGCCUUGUAAAACCAAAACAAGGGAUUUUACAGCCACACAUUCACUACCUCUUAGUCUUGGCCACUUCUGUGGAUGUAGUGAUCCUCGGACUGAGCUUCCCAAAGAGCCAGGCUGGGUUGAAUGAUAGCAUGUCUGGUGGGAUGCAGCUGCUUCCAGACCCCCUUUUCUCCAUCCCCACAGACAACACCUACAUCCUAUCCAUCACCUCCACAGACCUGGGACGCAUCUUUAUGGCAGGAAAGGACGGCUGCCUCUAUGAGAUAGCUUACCAGGCCGAGGCAGGAUGGCUGAGUCAGCGCUGCAGAAAAAUCAACCACUCCAAAAGCUCCCUGUCCUUCCUUGUCCCUUCUGUGCUGCAGUUCUCCUUUUCUGAAGAUGACCCUAUUGUUCAGAUUGCUAUUGACAACUCCCGCAACACACUAUUCACACGCUCAGAGAAAGGUGUCCUGCAGGUGUAUGACCUGGGGGCUGAUGGGCAGGGUAUGAGUCGUGUGGCAACCAUGUCACAGAGCACCAUCGUUGCAGCUGCUGGAAACAUAGCAAGGACAAUUGAUCGUUCUGUCUUCAAACCUAUUGUCCAGAUCUCUGUGAUUAACAGAUCUGAGUCCUCAGACUGUCACCUGCUCGCUGUCACUCAUGCAGGUGUGCGCCUCUACUUCAGCACCACGCCUUUCGCCCUUCCACACCAGCGGCAUGUGGCAGUUCGACCUAGCCUGCUAGCUUUGGUCCAUGUCCGUCUGCCGCCAGGGUUUUCUGCAUCCUCUACCCUGCAGAAACCUGCAAAGGUCCAUAAGGCGCUGCACAGUAAAGGUGUUCUGUUAAUGGCAGCUUCUGAGACAGAGGACAGCGACAUUCUGUGGUGCAUCAACCACGACUCCUUCCCCUUUAAGAAACCCUUGAUGGAGACUCAGAUGAUGUCUAAUGUAGACGGACACUCUUGGGCUCUUUGUGCCAUUAAUGAGGAGAGGCCAUCCAAGAUUUUUACUCCUCUGAACAAGGACCAGAUCCCCAUCACAGAUUCACCUGUGGUGGUCCAGCAGCACAACAUCCCCCCACAGAAGUUUGUCCUUCUCUCUGCAAAGGGGAGUCAUAUCUUCCAAAAACUGCGGCCAGUAGACCAGCUCCGUCACCUGCUGGUGAGCUGCGCUGGAGGAGAAAGUGAAGAGGUUGAGCGUUUCUUCAAGCUGCACAGGGAGGAGCAGGCUUGUGCCACAGCACUGAUCCUGGCUUGUUCCAACGCUGCUUGUGACAGAGAGGUUUCACAGUGGGCCACCAGAGCCUUCUUCAGAUAUGGAGGAGAAGCACAGAUGAGAUUCCCCGCAGCCAUGACAUCUCCCAGUAAUGUUGGACCUGUGAUGAGCUCUCCAGCACCAGGCAUCGUGCCCCCAGCUUUGGCUACCCCCUUCACACCAAUGCACUCCGGGUCUACACCCAUCACACCAAUGUCAGCCGGCCCAGAGGUGAUUUUCUCAGGGAAACAUAACGGCAUCUGUAUCUACUUUGCCCGCAUUCUUGGAAAUAUUUGGGAUGGCAGUCUUGCUGUUGAGAAAACCAUCAGCAAAGGAAAUCAGACUGUCAGUAUUUUGGAAAGCAGCGUUAGUGCAUUUGAUCUGGAGUCAGUACUUCUAGAGCUUGGUGGUUUGCGGGAGUUUCUUGACAAAAACUCUCAGUUCAGUCCGUCCACAUUUGGUGCUGCAAGUUUCAGCUCCCCUGCCAACCUGCAGCAAAGGCUGCUGGGAUUUAUGCGCCCUGACGGAGCCAGCUCUCAGCAGGUCCAGCAGGAGCUCCAGAGGAAAUAUCACACAAAAGCUCAGGUCUAUGAGAAAGUGUCCCUGCAGGGCAUCCAGCAGUUAGUGCAUCGCUCCUAUCAGACUCUGGCCCUGUUGAAGCUUCUCUGUGAUCAUCAGUUUAGCCUCAUUAUGUCCGAGCUGCCAAAGGAAUUUCAAGAGCAGAUGAAGGGAGCAAGUUUUAAGGAUAUAGUGAUCCGGGGCAAAGAGCUGUCGGGAGCUCUCAUCACAGCACUCAUUAAUGUCUACAUCAAAGAUAAUGCUUCUGUGGAGGGCAUCAGCAAUCACCUGCGGGACAUCUGCCCCCUGCUGUACAGCAGCGAUGACAGCGUUUGCUCCAAGGCUAAUGAGUUGCUGCAGAGCUCGAAGCAGGUUCAGAAUAAAGCAGAUAAAGAGCGGAAACUGAGGGAGUCUCUACGGCUCUAUCAGCAGAUCAGCCAACACACAGAUCUGCCACUGGUCUGCUCCCAGUACAGACAAGUGCGUUUCUACGAGGGAGUCCUUGAGUUGUGCCUCACAGCAGCAGACAAGAAGGAUCCACAGAGACUGGGGCCCCAUUUCUACAAGAAUGGUGAGCCGGAGGAGGAUGGAGUGGGACAGCAGGCCUUUCAGGAAAGACUUUCGUGUUAUAAGUGCAUCACAGACACCAUGCAGGAGCUGGUGAACCAGAGCAAAGCCGCCCCUCAGUCUCCCAGCGUCCCCAAACAGCCUGGCCCACCUGUCAUGACGUCUGACCCGAACAUGCUCAGUAAUGAAGAAGCUACAGCUCAUUUUGAGCAGAUCCUCGGUUUGGCCCAGAGGUCUCAGGACGAGCUGUUUCACAUUGCUUUGUACAACUGGCUGAUCCAGGCUGACCUGACUGACAAGCUGCUAGAGGUGAAUUCUCCAUACCUGGAGGAACAUCUGAUGCACAUGAUCAAGCAGGACCAGAGUAAGGUGCACAACAUGGACCUCUUGUGGCGCUACUACGAGAAGAACCGUAACUUUGGCAAGGCAGCUCAUGUACUGGCCCGACUUGCUGACAUGCACAGCACUGAGAUCUCAUUGAUUGAAGCAGCGUUUGGAGUACAUCGCCAGAGCCAUCCUGUCUGCUAAGAGUUCCUCCUGCAUCUCAGCUCAGGCAUCUGAUGGCGAGUUCCUUCACGAGCUGGAAGAAAAGAUGGAGCUGGUGCGGAUCCAAGUACAGAUCCAGGAGACCCUGAUUAGACAGUACUCCCAUCAUCCCUCAGUGAAAAAUGUAAUCUCUCAGUUGGACUCGGAGCUCAUGGACAUCACCAAGCUCUAUGGUGAGUUUGAUG